GCCGAGCUGUCAGAGCGCCUACUCGAUGAGCUCCAGGCCACAGACUCCCCAGCACGUGCUGCAAAACUUGAGUCGCUUCUGUGGCAGACCUGGUACUUUCACGAAGACGAGGCCGCGCGACAGCUCCUCAGGGACGGUUCGGACCUUCUUGCAGAGGGCGACCUUGAUGAAGCCAAGAAGCGUUUCUUGCAUGCUGCUAUCCUGGAGCCUGGUUGGGCAGAAGCUUGGAAUCGUCUUGCAACGGUGAAUUAUUUGCUGGGGUUCUACGACGAGUCUCUUGCUGAGAUUGACAAGACGCUGGAGAUCGUGCCCCGUCAUUUCGGCGCCUUAUCAGGCCGAGGCCUCGUCAUGCUGAAGCUUGAGAGAUAUCGCGAAGCAGUGGAGGCCUUCGAGGACACGCAGGAGGUCUGCCCCACUAGCAGGUCUGCAACUUCAAACAAGGCCUUUGCCGAGGCCCUGCAGGAGAAAUCGCUUCGGCUCGGGGUGUGA